AAACCGUCAACUUACCAUAGUCUUGUUUGAGUAUUGUAUACGUAUACAUACAUCUCUGUAUACACGCGCUUCUAGAUUUUUAUUUACUUAUUAUAUCUGAAUCCUUCAGACAGAGAACAUCAUCAAAACAAAGAAAACACAUUUUGUCCGAGUUUCGUUUGAGAGAGCUGCGCCUUUAAGAAAUCGAAAGAGAGAGCUUCUUCUUCUUCAUUUCCCUUGGUUCUACGAUUCGAAAUUAUCUCAAUCAGGUCAACGUUGUUUUUUUGUGGCAUUGAGAGAUGUCAGAUCAUCUGAGUUCAUGUACGGACCGUCUCGUAACAUCUGAUCACCUUAAUUCGGACAGAGGAUCCAAUGAAUCUUCUGGAGAAAGCUCUGGCACCACAAGCCUUUCUUCUUCUACGACUACUAAAGCUAUUGAUGAUAAAACUGUGCAAGUAGAAGAACGUGAUGAUGUCGCUGAUGAAGAAGAGGAACCGCUCAUCCAGUCAGUUGAAUGUCGUAUAUGCCAAGAUGAGGAUUCUGUUAAGAACCUCGAGUGUCCAUGCUCUUGUAGCGGCAGCUUGAAGUAUGCUCAUCGGAAGUGUGUUCAGCGUUGGUGUAAUGAGAAAGGCGACACUACCUGUGAAAUAUGCCACAAGUCUUAUCAACCUGGCUACACUGCUCCACCACCUCCUCCUGCUGAUGAUACCGUUAUCGAUAUCGGUGAAGAUUGGGCCAAUGGUGUUCCCCUAGACUUUAACGACCCGCGCAUUUUUGCGAUGGCGGCUGCAGAACGUCGUUUCUUUGAUCCGGACUAUGACGAGUAUGCUGAUUCUAACUCUAGCGGAGCUGCCUUUCUUCGCUCCGCUGCUCUCAUCUUAAUGGCGCUUUUAUUGCUACGACACGCCAUGAACCUUUCAAACAACAACUCAGACGACGAAGAAGAUGACCCAUCAGCUUUCUUCUUUCUUUUCAUGCUUCGUGCUGCCGCUUUUCUCCUCCCAUGUUACAUCAUGGCUUGGGCCAUCAGUAUAUUACAGCGCCGAAGACAAAGACAGGAAGCAGCCGCCCUGGCCGCUGCAGAAGUUGCGUUUAUGCUGCACAGCGGGGCUGGCGGAGUCCAACGCAGGGGAGGCUUGCACUUUGCUGUAGCUCCUGAGCUGAUAUCGAAUCCACAACACCAAUCUGAGGCUGCACCACAAUGAUUAUAUCCCUAAGCACCGGUCAAAGAAACCAAAAUCAUCCACGACCUUGGUCUCUCUCUAUUUCGCUUUCUGUAGUAGCUGCUUGUUGUUUAUGGGUAUUCUUAUGAGCUAAACACGAAACUGAGAUUAAAACAAAAUGCGGGAACUUUCUCUGUCUAUGUUUCUUACAGACGAGAAAAUAAAGCUUGUUUAUAAUGCUUAUGUAUUUACGUAUACUUUAAAAAAUUUACCAACGAUCUUAAUAUUUUUCAACAUAUAUACUAUUUAUACA